UCGAGAGAUCGAAUUCGGUUCUCGUCUCGAUCAUCAGUUUGGCCUGUCGAUCUCUGUCCAUCUCUGACGACGCCGACGGCCAUGCAGCAGCUGCUCGCGAUGAAGCUGAUCCUGACGACGCUCGUCGUCGCCGUGCUGGCGCUGUCCGCCGGCACGGCCACGGCCACCUGCGACACGCUCACGGUCGGGCACUACCGGCAGUCGUGCCGCGCCGCCGAGACCAUCGUGCGCGACACCGUCAAGCUCUACUUCUCAAAGGACCAGACCGUCACCGCGCCGCUGCUCCGCCUCCACUUCCACGACUGCUUCGUCAGGGGAUGUGACGGAUCGGUGUUGCUGAACGCGACGGCGGCGAGCGGGCCGGCGGAGAAGGACGCGAUGCCGAACCAGAGCCUGGACGGGUUCUACGUCAUCGACGCCGCCAAGGCGGCGCUGGAGAAGGAGUGCCCCGGCGUCGUCUCCUGCGCCGACAUCCUGGCGCUGGCGGCCAGAGACGCUGUCUCCAUGGCUGCCGGGAACAUCAAUGGCGCGAGCCUUUGGCAAGUCCCGACGGGGCGGCUCGACGGCCGCGUGUCGUCGGCGGCGGAGGCCGUGGCCAACCUACCGUCUUCUUUCGCGGAUUUCGCUAAGCUCAAGGAGCAGUUCGGUUCCAAGGGCCUAAAUGUGCAAGACCUCGCGAUCCUAUCAGGUGCUCACGCCAUAGGCAAUUCACACUGCGUCUCCUUCGCCAAGCGGCUCUACAACUUCACCGGCAAGGGCGACGCCGACCCGACGCUCGACCGGGCGUACGCCGCGGCGGUCCUCCGCGCCGCCUGCCCGCCGCGGUUCGACAACGCGACCACCGUCGAGAUGGUGCCGGGGAGCUCGACGACGUUCGACACCGACUACUACAGGCUGGUGGCGAGCCGGAGGGGCCUCUUCCACUCCGACCAGGCGUUGCUCCAGGACAGGGAGGCGGCGGCGACGGUGCGCGUCAUGGCGAGGUCGAGCAGGCAGGCGUUCUUCCGGCGAUUCGGGGUGUCCAUGGUGAGGAUGGGCAAUGUCGGGGUCCUGACGGGAGCCGCAGGAGAGAUCAGGAAGAACUGUGCUCUGAUUAAUUGAUGGGCAGAGAUUUGAUCUUUGAUAUAAGUUAUUACUAAGUCAUGUACUAAUGAUGUUCUAUUGUUUGGUGUCUAAUUAAGUUAUUACUACUACUACAAGGUAAAUUUCAUGAGGGAAUAACUUGCUCGGCAUUGUUUGAUUUGUUUUAUGUUAAUCAUCGACUUGUUAAUGUACUCUUGCACUGAUCUUCUCCAUGUAUGAAAUGGCAGAGCCGCUGCCACCCUUCUCCAGAAAAAAAGAUGUUGGCCAUGUUGACAUUUCUUCUU